GUCACUAGACGUAUUCCGACCCUGAGCCGCCGCUGCCGUGGUAACGGCUCGUAUGGCGAGGACGGAUUUUGCGACGCUUCCGGCUGUAGUGAACGAGUGGCGGUGUGGUGUGUAGAGAGGCCUGGUUGGGUGCAGGCCGCAGUGGUCGCCAUGGAGGUUCCGUUGCCCCCAGAAGACCAAGAACUACGCAAUGUUAUUGACAAGCUUGCACAGUUUGUGGCCAGAAAUGGUCCGGAAUUCGAAAACAUGACUAUGGAAAAGCAGAAGGAGAAUCCAAAGUUUUCAUUCCUGUUUGGAGGAGAGUUCUACAACUACUACAAGUGUAAGCUGGCCAUGGAGCAGCAGCAAUUGAUUUGCAAGCAAGCUCAGGACAUGGAACCCCAGCCUCAGAUAGCCACAAUUCCCCCACCAGCUUUGCCCCCUACUUUAGUGCCACCACCACAGGGAGCACCUGCUAUAGAGGAUGUUAUCCAACAAAGUCAGUGGAACCUUCAACAACAAGAACAGCAACUGCUCAGUUUGAGACAGGAACAAAUUACAGCUGCGGUGGAGCAUGCCAUUGAACAGCAGACGCAGAAGCUGCGGGAAGAAACCCAGCUGGAUAUGAAUGAGUUUGAUAACUUGCUCCAGCCUAUCAUUGACACUUGUACAAAGGAUGCCAUAUCAGGUGGAAAAAACUGGAUGUUCAGCAAUGCAAAAUCCCCUCAGCACUGUGAACUCAUGGCUGGUCACCUUCGCAAUCGUAUCACAGCUGAAGGCGCACACUUUGAGUUGCGCUUACAUCUUAUAUAUUUGACAAAUGACGUGCUACAUCACUGUCAACGGAAGCAAGCAAGGGAUCUUCUGGCUGCACUUCAGAAAGUGGUUGUUCCAAUUUACUGUACCAGCUUUUUAGCAGUGGAAGAGGAUAAGCAGCAGAAGAUUGCACGUCUUCUUCAGUUGUGGGAAAAGAAUGGCUACUUUGAUGAAGCUACUAUCCAGCAGCUUCAGAGUCCAGCCCUUGGCUUAGGACAGCACCAGGCUGCUCUACUAAGUGAGUACUCCACUGUUGUCCAGCCAAUCCUUGUGGCGUUCCAACAACAAAUUCAGAACUUAAAAACCCAACAUGAGGAAUUUGUGGCUGGUCUAAAACAACAACAGCAGCAACAGCAACAGCAGCAGCAGCAGCAACAACAACAACAACAGCAGCAGCAGCAAAUUCAGAUACCAGUGAUGGUGGAACCAGUUCCUGAGCCACCCGCUCCAGCACCAGCUCCCGUACCGGCCCCCGCACCGGCUCAAGUACCCCCACCAGAGGAUGUAAAACCUGUGCUUGCCAUCCCUACUGCUGCUGAAUUUGAGCCUCCUCCUGGCAGUGUACCAGAUCCUGGCAGUGCAGGAACCAGAGGUCCAGCACCUCAUGAAUCAAUGCCUCCAAAUAAACCACCUUGGUUUGAUCAGCCACAGCCUAUAGCACCCUGGGGCCAACAACAGCCCUGUGAUCAGCCCCCUUUUCCUCAUCAUCAGGGCCCCCCUCAUUGCCCUCCAUGGAAUAAUAGCCACGAAGGCAUGUGGAGUGACAGAGAUCCAAACUGGAACAAUGAACCUGAACCAGCAUGGAACAAUCAGAGAGAACCUCAAUGGAACAAUCAGUUUGAUGCUCCUUGGAGUAACCAACAUGAUCAACCACCAUGGGGGGGUGGUGGUGGUGGUGGUGCUCAAAGAGACCCUCAUUUUCGCAUGCAGCAUCCUCCACAUUUUCGGGGGCCAUUUCCCCCUCAUCAACAGCAUCCACCACAGUUCAAUCAGCCACCUCAUCCUCAUAAUUUCAACAGAUUUCCACCACGUUUUAUGCAGGAUGAUUUCCCCCCACGCCAUCCAUUCGAGAGACCACCCUUCCCUCAUCGUUUUGAUUACCCUCAAGGAGAUUUUCCUUCAGAGAUGGGACCUCCACACCAUCACCAAGGUCAUAGGAUGCCACAUCCAGGCAUGAAUGAACAUCCUCCAUGGGGAGGUCCUCAACACCAAGAUUUUGGCCCCCCUCCACAUGGUUUUAAUGGGCAGCCUCCACACAUACGUAGACAGGGACCUCCACAUGUCAACCAUGAUGACCCAAGCCUUGUUCCAAAUGUUCCCUAUUUUGAUCUCCCAGCAGGACUUAUGGCUCCAUUGGUCAAGCUGGAAGAUCAUGAGUACAAACCUCUUGACCCCAAGGAUAUCCGUCUCCCUCCUCCAAUGCCCCCAAGUGAAAGACUUUUGGCUGCGGUUGAAGCUUUUUAUAGCCCUCCUUCACAUGACAGACCUCGUAACAGUGAAGGAUGGGAGCAAAAUGGACUUUAUGAGUUCUUCAGAGCAAAAAUGAGAGCCCGUCGGCGGAAAGGCCAGGACAAAAGGAGCAGGCCAUCAAGAUCCAACAGUCGAUCAAAAAGUCGCGGGCGGUCCUCUUCACGUUCUAACUCCAGAUCUUCAAAGUCCUCCCGAUCAUACUCUAGGUCUCGGUCAAGAUCUCGAUCUAGAUCACGGUCUUAUUCUCGAUCAAGAUCAAGGAGCAGGAGCCGGUCUAGGUCAUCUCGAAGUCGCUCAAGGUCUCGAUCUAGAUCAAAAUCAUUCUCACCUGGAAAACGGAGAUCUCGGUCUCGCAGUGCAACUCCACCUUCUUCUUCAGGCUUGGGCUCAGGCCCUGGAGGAAGUGUGCCCAAUGUGCGCCUAGGAGAGGAGAACAAGGGCCAUCAGAUGCUAGUAAAAAUGGGAUGGAGUGGAGCUGGGGGCCUGGGUGCCAAUGAGCAGGGGAUUCAAGACCCAAUUAAAGGAGGAGAUGUACGUGACAAGUGGGACCAGUAUAAAGGUGUUGGCGUUUCCCUUGAUGACCCUUAUGAAAAUUAUCGUAGGAACAAAAGCUAUUCUUUCAUUGCCCGCAUGAAAGCCAGAGAUGAAAUAAAACGUGAGGGCCAGGAUCCUCCAGCACAGGAGUGAUGUAGCAGACAAUGAAGGACAUCUCCACCUUUACAGUUGCAUUAACCUGGACACUUGAAAAUUCAAAAUGGUGACAGACUAUUAUAUCCAUCUAAAACAACAUCCAGCAUAGUAUUUGUGCAGCUUAGUAGACUGCAGUUAUUUAGUUACCGUUAACCUGGUCAGGGGAUAUGUCUUGUACUUAUUAAUUCGAGGUUACUUACCUGUUAUGAUUUGGCACAGCACAAGAAUGAAUUGGUAGCUAGAAGCUGUUUUGCCUACAUACAAGUUCUGGCUUUGUGUAGGAUAUCAUAGGUGAGCAUCACAAGAUACCCGUGGCUAGAUGCUUACAAAUAUUGUUCACCAGCAUCUUUAUCUACUGUGACUCUGCAAAGUCAUAAACCACAUUUUUACCUUUAACACAGAUAUAGGCAGCACGAUGUUAUGAACCCUGUCUUUUGUGGGUUUCCAGACAAAGAUGUAUUAGUUACAUUUUAGCCCCUUAUGAUGUAACCAGAGGGGCUUGCUCUGUGCUGAUUUCUGUUUUAAAAAAAAAAAAAGGGUCUGUGCUUCAUGUAAGUAUGACUGUGUAACUUUUUAUUUGUAUGUGUCAACAUCCCUCUUCCAAAUUAUUUUGUAAAAUAAACUUUUGAUUUGGA